AUGGCAUCUCCUAUCACCUGCCACGUACUCAAUACCCUCUCCGGGACGCCUGCUGCCGGCCUCAAAGCCACACUCACCCUGUUAUCGAAGUCCACGUCGGCAGAGACCAAUGUGAACUUCCAUGCCGUCACCAACGACGACGGUCGGGUCAAGGAAUGGAGCUCGCCUUCGAGCGUGACUCUCUCCGACAUCAUGGAGAGGUUUGCUGCGGGGGAACGCAUCCCUUGGAGUAUCAAGUUCGAUGUCGGCCGGUGGUAUGAAGAGAAGGGAAUCGAGAGCUUCUGGCCCGAGGUCGAGGUCAAGUUCUACGUCAAAAAGGGGGAAAGACAUUAUCAUGUGCCUGUUCUGGUUGGACCGUGGACCUACACUACCUACAGAGGGUCAUAA